ACAAAACCAAAAUGGCAUUAACCAAGGUCGUUCUUCUUUGUAUCCAAAAUAAGAAAUAAUUAACAAUUACUCAUGAUUAAAUAUAUAAACACUUCUGUCAAUAUGGUUAAAUAGAUAAAGUAAACAUAUUAAAUAUGUUUAGAUUUUGAUAUUCGAAAAAACUUAAAUUUGGAAAGUCUUCUUGGAAACCAAAAACAAAGAAGCUGCCUAAAACUUAAUAAAAUUAUGUAAUAACAACAUUUUGAAUUGUGAUACUUCUUUAAGAAUGUAAUUAUACCCAAGCAAUUUAGAAAAUGUAACAUUUUCUGAUUCUAAUUUUGCUGGCAAAGGUAUUUUAUAAAUUAAUUAUUCUUUAGAUUAUUCAAAAUAAAAAGAAAAGAGAGAUUCUUAUAAUUCAACUGACGAUGAAUAGACUUCAGUAAGUAGUCAAGGAGAAUAAAACCCCAAUUAAAAUUCCAUUAAAAAUUAUCAAUAAAAUGUUUAAUAAUCAAUUUAUUAAUACUAAUAACAUUUAUAACAAAGAUUAUAUGAACAAUAAGUACUCUAAAUGAGAUUGCAAACUCAAAGUUUAGAUCUCUAAGUUCCUGAUUAUUUAAAUAAUCUGAUCUCCAACUAAUGGAUUGAUUAAUUUAUACAAUUAGGAAAACUUCUACAAACAUAAUAUUUACUAUAAUAUUAACUGAUUGAUAAUUAUAUAAACUAUAUUAAGUAAGAAUCAGCUAAUGCUUUGAUGGAAAUCUAAAAUUAAUAAAAAUAAUAAUAAUUGUAAUAAUAAUAAUAGUUGUAAAAUUAAAUUAACAAUCUAAAUAAUAUUUAUACUAUUGAUUAAUAGGAGAAAUCUAGAGUCAUUGUAGCCAAAUCUUUUGAUGAUUCUAUUACCACAAUUGAUAUGCUAUAUAACAUUUUUAGUAUUUAUGGAAAUAUAGAUAAAAUGGUAUAUCAAAAAGAUAAAUCUACAUUAUUGGUUGAAUAUCAUCUUUAGAAAUGUGCUGAUCAAUGUAUAGAGAAACUUAAUAAUAUUAUGUUUUAAGGUCAAACCCUUUAAGUAAUAUAAUUUAUAAUAUCUUAGAUUACUUAUUCUAUUCUAUAAGAAAUUACCUUCCUUGAUGAACUAGAAGAAUUAGGAUUGGUUGAAAAAACAAUAUAUGAAGAAAGAUUCAUUGGAUCUGAAGCUACUAAUAGAUAUAAACCAAAAAAUUCAUUUAUAGCUGCUUCUCCAAAUGAUACUAUCUUUUUAAUGAAUUUAUCAGAUGAAUUACUCAAUAUUGAAAGUAUUUAACCUUUUUUGGAAACUGAAAUAGUUGAUUAUAAGUAUUUUUUAAUCUUAUAUUUUAGAUUUUAUGAAGAUCCAAAAUAAAAACAUAGUUGUGCUAUUAAAUUUAAAAGUGUUGAAGAUGCUAUGUUAUUCUUAUCUAAAAAUCAUGGUAAAGUAAUGGCUGAUAGAAAAAUCUUAAUGACUUUUUCAAAAAAGCCUAUGUGAUUCAAU